CAAACAAAUGUGUAAUCAUUAUUUGAUAGAUAUUGGAAAACACGUUCUGUGCCAAAUAAAGUUAUACAAUGAGAAGUAAAGUACGAAAAAUUAAAUAAAAUCAAUGCAAAAAUCAAUGUACCUUUAUUGGCAAAAGUGACAUUGGAAUAGCAGAUUCUUCAUAUGGAGUGCUUGCUGUGCUUAAAUACGGAUUCAAACUACAUAGGGGAAGAUUCCAUUGAGUGGUCGGAAUGGAACAUUAAACAAUUGGUGGAUCAACAUUUAUGGGCUAUUGAGCCAAAUAUAUCACCGUCGUGUCUUUGCAUGAAUUGUUGGAAUGAAUUAAAUGGAUUCCAUAAAUUUUUUACACGAAUACAAGAAGCACAUACAAAUAUAUUAUUGUGUGAAAUCAAAUCGGAAUUUGACCCAUUGGAGGAUAAUAAAAACUUAGAAUCUUUUGUAAAUGAGUCUUUAAACGAAUGCGAGAUUGAGGAAACAUCUUCAACAGCAACUGACUAUGGCCAAGAAAUCAAAAUAGACAUUGAUCGCGAUUAUAAUAGGAUUCUUGACAAAAAUUAUGAAAGCGAUGACGAAUCUACUGAUCAUGAGCAAAGCAAUGCUGUUUCGGAAGAAAAUGAUAGUCCAUUGCGUAGAAAUGAGGCUUCUGAUGAGAGGAAAAUAAUUAAAAGAAACACGGCAGAGUAUGAUGAUUUUCUUAAGAAGCAUUUUCAAAUAAAUUGCGACAAAUGCAAUGAACCUUUUGAGACCUUUCCAUUGCUUGCCCAACAUUUUAGCCAAGUUCACAAUGAACGUGGUUAUGCAGUUUGCUGCGGCAACAAAUUCGUCUAUCGCAGUUGUCUGGUAGAGCACAUUCGAUUGCAUGUUGAUCCUGAUUACUACAAGUGUUCAUAUUGCACGAAGAGAUUUACCAAUAAACGCAAUUUGCAGUUACACACCCUUCUGCACGUGGAUAAGAAAUAUGCUUGUGACAAGUGUGAUAAAAAGUAUGCCAGAAAAUCGCAACUUGGUGAACACAAAUUGACCCAUAUGCCAAAACCAGAAAAGAAAUUUCAAUGUAAAGAAUGUGGAAAAUUUUAUAUCAGCAAACAAUCGCUAAAGUAUCACCAGAAGGUAGUACAUGAUUUUUUAUAUGCGAAAGUAUGUGAGAUAUGUGGACAGACAUUGCCAGGUGUCUCAUCGUAUAAGCAGCACAUGAUAAGACAUAAUCCUAACCCAGUUAAAUGUGAAGACUGCGGCCUUUUAGUAACCAGUAAAAUAACACUGGGAUACCAUAGAAAACUUAAACAUCCCGAGGGAGGAAAUCGUGAGUACACCUGCCCUUUUUGUCAGAAAAUAUCGCCAAAUAUUAGGGCUCACAAAACUCACGUAAAGGAUAACCAUGACCCAAAUAAUAGAUCGGAAUGCAAUAUUUGUAACAAAAUAUUCAGUAAAAAGUCGCUUAAGCGUCACCUGGAAGUCCAUUCUGGCAGUUUAUCAUAUACCUGCAAAUGGUGCCCGAAGCAGUUUAACACAAACAACAACAUGGGCUACCACUACAAAAAAGCACACCCAAUUGAAUAUGAGGAAGAGCAACGAAAAAGAUAUUCUGGAAAUUUACCUCCUGCAAAAUAUGAUUCAAGAGUUGUAAACAAAAUAUAAUAUUGGCUAAGAAAUAUAUACAAAUGUAUUAAAAAGUA